AAGCAUUAUAGACCAUGGCUACUAGAACUCAAUUUGAAAAUUCCAAUGAAGUUGGUGUCUUCUCCAAUUUAACUAACUCAUACUGUUUAGUUGCAGUUGGUGGUUCAGAAAAUUUUUACUCUGCAUUUGAAGCUGAAUUAGGUGAUGUCAUCCCUAUCGUACAUACAACUAUUGCUGGAACAAGAAUAGUUGGUAGAAUGACUUCAGGUAACAGACGUGGUUUGUUAGUACCUACCCAAACCACCGAUCAAGAAUUAAUGCAUUUAAGAAACUCUUUACCAGACUCUGUUAAGAUUCAAAGAGUAGAGGAAAGAUUGUCUGCAUUGGGUAAUGUGAUCUGUUGUAAUGACUACGUUGCCUUGGUUCACCCAGAUAUUGAAAGGGAAACCGAAGAAUUAAUUGCUGAUGUAUUAGGUGUAGAAGUUUUCCGUCAAACUAUCGCAGGAAACGUUCUUGUUGGAUCAUACUGUUCAUUGUCUAACCAAGGUGGAUUAGUCCAUCCCCAAACUUCAAUCCAAGACCAAGAAGAAUUAUCAUCAUUGUUACAAGUUCCUUUAGUAGCAGGUACUGUAAAUAGAGGUUCUUCAGUUGUUGGUGCUGGUAUGGUAGUUAACGAUUGGUUGGCAGUUUCAGGUUUAGAUACCACUGCACCUGAAUUAUCCGUUAUCGAAUCUAUCUUCAGAUUACAAGAUGCCCAACCAGAUGCUAUUGGUGGCAAUUUAAGAGAUACCUUGAUUGAAACUUAUUCAUAAGCAAUUACCUACUGCCCACGGAAAUUAUACCACGUUCAAAUGAGAGUAUUUCAUCUUGCCCGACUAUUGGCCAUUGCAACAAUAUAUUCCUUCAGACAGAAGUCUCAACAUUCAAUUCUACUAGUGUAUUUUUCGAAGUAUAUAUUGGAUAGGGUGUAAAGCGGCAAUUCACGCUUGAAAAGAGAAGUAUAAUUUUGUAGAGCCGUUUAAGGUCAUAGUUUGCUCAAGAGAAGUCGAGGCAAUUAUCGUUGGAUAACUCUGGAAGAGAAGCAGUGUAAAAGUAUUUAAUUUGUCUACUUAUUUUUGUAAAUUUACUUAAUACAUAUUGCGAGUAGGAACUAGUUCGAAAAUAUGUUAAUACAGUAGUACAGAAUAGUUACACCAGUAGUGCCAAAACAAUAGGAUGCAGUUUCUAGACCUUAAUUUGUUACAACAAAUUUUCUGAAAACUCGGGCUGACAAUUAUUUGGAAAAUAAGAGUCAAAUAGCAUAAAUGUGUGCUGAGUUAUCGCAAUAAUGACAUGAAAUCAAAUGAUUAUCAUCUGCAAAACCGAUACAUCUUUGUUGGAACAUACUUCAUUUCCAUGAGGCUUACCAGGCUAUGUUACUCAGACAAUUAGUGAACACAAA